AUUUAGUGUUCUUCGGUAAAAAUGCUUCGUCAAUAAAGUUGCAUUAUAAUUCUUAUUAUCGAGAGGACUUUUUUCCAAAUUUCUACUUUAAAGAAUAGAAACUUUUCCAUUUUAUUUAGGCUCUAAGAGAAGUUUCAACGAACCUAAUUGAGAUAUUUUAAUUAAAUUUCACGAGCAACACGUUCUUCUUUAGGGCCUCCAUAAUCAUGGCUGAAGUUUCAAAUGAUUCGGUGCAUGGAAAAAGGUUUUAUAAAUAUUUCAUAUUUAAUGUUGAACAGUAUAUGACAAGGAAAUGAAUUAAAGGUAAAGUGGAACACGAGAUUCUUCGUCGUGGAGUUCCAGCUCAAGGUCAGAAGACCGUAAGCGCUUUUCCGCGGCGCGAAAUCUGAGAAAUCGUUCCUCGGGAUUUCUCAGCUCUUUCGUUCGCAAAAGCCUGGUCUGUCGUCGUACAAAGGCAAGAACACCUCUCUCCAAUGUUCUCUCAGUUCUAUUAUUGAUUCGCGGUGUUGAAGCGAUACAUUUUUGAGGCUUCCCUCGGCUGGUAGGGAGAGUGAGUCCUCGGGUGCUACCAUCCCCUACUCAGUCGCACCUAUGGCAUACAGGUGUAAGUGAAAAAAAAGUCUAAGAGCGAAAGAGACCGAUAAAGAGAGGAAAGAAACGAAGCUCGACCAGCCAGUAGAGCAAGGUGCUCCAGUGUCGAAGACUCCCCAACACUCAUUGGGCAGAAUUAGCAUCAUCGGUGCCCUCUUCGAAGCCUUCGACAGGCCUAAAAUCAGAAGAAAAUUAAAACUCGACCCUGGCCCGACUAAAUUACCCUCGUAUAAGUUCUCGUAACAGGCUUUAAAAUCGUUUGCCACGAUCCAGGAAGGCGAGGUCGAGAUGGACCUCAAGGAAGAAGAGGAGAGUGCCAACGAUGCGGAGAGGCAAUUGUUCUUGGUGGGUCCUCCGAAUGAUCCUCUGGUCUCCGGAGGGCAGAUCGUUGGUUCUGGUCCCUCGGACGAGAUCAAUCCUGGUGGUGAUCUUCAGACGAACGCCCUCGCCGGUCUGAUGUGCUCGCAAUCUUCCUCGGUCUGCUUCCCUGUGAAAUUCACAUACGACUUCUCUCCGAGUCCUGGAAACGAAGACCGACAGCCUUCCGGAGUAGGUAAAAGGAAGCAGAGGAGGUAUCGAACAACCUUCACAAAUUUCCAGUUGGAGGAGUUAGAGAGAGCCUUCCAGAAAACCCACUACCCGGACGUCUUCUUCAGGGAAGAACUGGCACUGCGAAUCCAGUUGACCGAAGCUCGAGUACAGGUAUGGUUUCAAAACCGAAGAGCCAAAUUGAGGAAACAGGAAAAACAGUGUAAAGUAUCGACACACAUGAGUCCUCACCUGCAACAGUCAGAAUGUUCAGAGAGCCAGCAACAACAACAACAGCAGUCCGAUCACUUGUUGCUGGAGCCACCAUUAGGAAGUCCUCCUCCGAUAUACUUAGGGAUGGAGUGGGCAGGAUUUUCUCCUUACACCAAUGCAGCAACUGCCUCUCCGCUGAUAGUCAAUGGCAUGAGCAAGCCUCCGGAAGCUGACGACAACUCUCUUCUGGACCCUGACCUCUUGCAACUGAAAACUCCUCGUUCCUAAUGUCAACGAUACAAGUUGUAGCUUUAAAGUCUUCGGUGAAUCACGAUAGGUUCACUUUUCACACCACCGGUGACUUCGAUAGAGGUUAAGUAGCUUAGAUUUUUUCUCUUCGCAUCCUUCCCAGGGUGAGACCCAGAUGAGACGUUAGUACUUCGGUUAAG